UCCCUCCCCCAUCCCUCCAUCGGCACCAUGCAAAUGAUGGAACCAUUGCCACCCUCCGAGGUAGACCAGCAUUCCAAGCUACCAAUGAUGGAACAAGCGCCACCCUCCUUCCCUGGAGAGGCCUCCAAGCUGAAGCUAAAGCUCAUGGUAGACCAGCAUUCCAACCACGUCCUCUUCGCGGAGGCCGGCAAGGACGUAGUCGACUUCCUCUUCGAUCUCCUCAAACUCCCCAUCGGCUCAGUCGCCAGCCUCCUCUCCAAAUACCGCAUAGCCGGCUCCAUUGACAAGCUUCGCGAUAGCGUCGAAUCCCUCGACGACGCCUACUUCAUCCUCCCCGCCGAAGAUCGCCAUGCCCUCCUUAAUCCCCAAAUCUUCUCGUCCACUCUCCCCCUCACCUCUCUACUCCUCGAAAACGAGAAGUCCUCGGACCGACCGGCUAGAAAGUACUAUCGUUGCUCAGGAACCAGCAGUCGGGGGUUUUGCGCCGGCCAGAAUCUUUGCGGUGGGGAAUUUGGCUACGUCACGGAUGUUCGUGGGACGCAGUGUCCGUGUUGCCGUCAGGAGAUGACGGUGGAGGUGAAGUUCGUGGCUGGGGAGGCGGAGAAGGCGAGGGCGGAGGCUGGAGGAGGGUACGUGAAGAAGGUGGUGACUUACAUGGUGAUGGAUGACUUGUCCGUGAUGCCCGUUUCUACCACCACUGCUAUUACUCUGCUCAACAAUUUGCUCAUUAAGGAUGUGUCCUCGCUCAACGAAUGGACCGUGGAAUUGGGCACGAAGGAGGGGCUGGACCUGCUGAAGGCGUCGCUGCGGUCGACGACGGUGCUGACGGACGUAUUUCUCGGGAAGUCCGAAAAGGGUGUUCCCCUGGAUUGAGCGUCAACAUGUAAUGAGAAGAAAAAGAAAAAAGAUUGGCUCUAUUUAUAAAGCUAUGCACAAGGGAUACGCAAAAAAUAUUACUGUAAAUAUUACACGA